AUGAAGAGCUAUGAAUAUCCUCGAGUCCGCCCUCCCACUUCGUUACAGCCACCGCGGCCGCCGGCCGAUAGCCGCUUUUCUUGGAUGGACGCAUCUGCAGAACAGGAGCACCGAGUGGGAGCAAGAGGAGAGACAAAUACUACGCCAAUACCGCAGCCAGCGUCGAACCAACAAAGUCCGGCACAGAGUCAGGUGCAAAUGCAGACGAUGGAGCCGCAAGCCUAUGGUGGUGGCGUGGUUCCGUACCAGAUACAUGAUCCGAUGGUGUCACAACAGCAAUAUUCUCAGGCUCCGCGCCAGAUACACGAUCCGAUGGUGGCACAACAGCAACAUUUCCAACCUCCGCAGCUAUAUGGGGUCUACGCAGCACAAGUUCCUGUACCACAGGCUCAAACGCAGCCACCUCGACAUCCCACACCUCCGUUACCACAGCCUCCUGAGCCCGUCAAGCAGCCCGUGAUCCCCCAGAAAGAAGCAAGCAGCCCAAUAGCGCCCGACGCAAAUCCGCUGUCCGCGACGACUCCGAAACGUCCCAACCGGACCAGCACCAAUAUGGCUAUCGUCCCGCCCUCGUCAACAGAUCCUGCCCAGUUCUCAGCGAGCGUAUUUACACCGAGUCCACAGUCCCUAAAAGGAGGCUCAUGGCAGCAUGGCUUUUGCUCCUGUGCUGAGCCGUCCAUCUGCAUGACGGGCCUAUUUUGUCCAUGCAUCAUCUAUGGUAGAACUCAAUAUCGCCUAGGUUUGAGGGACGAGCGAAAGGAUCCGACAAACAUGCUGGGAUAUACAGCGGUCAACGGCUCUUGCAUAGCCUUCGGCAUCCUUUGUGGUAUCAAUGGGAUACUGGCCGCUAUUCAGCAUACACGGGUCCGAAAGACGUAUGGCAUGAGCUCCGAAGCCGGCAAUGUCGCGGGGGACUGUUUGAAGGGCGUUUGCUGCUGCUGUUGUGUCGUCGCUCAGGAUGAGAAGGAGGUGAAAUCCCGUGAAGAACAAGCGAGGAAACCUGCUGGCUCUGCCACAAGGAACGAGGGUUAUGUUGCACCGACAUCUAUGACAUUUCGUGCGCCUCCGAGGUGA